CCAACUGCUAUUGCCAGAGACAGGCUCCUCUGCAGAGCUGUCGCAGGGCUCGGGCUGCCUCCCGCAAGUUCAAUGUCCUCUACUCCGCUUUUCACAAACCCUUUCUUUCCCCCGCCAGCAGCCUGGUGCGACUCUGGUUCCAGCUGCAAACCCCACCUGUCUGUGACUCCUAGACCACCUACUGCCCCCUCGCGGAGUGUAUGGGGCUCCCUGGCUCCAAGAUGCCCGCAGCAGGUAGCAAGCAGGAAAAAGGCGUGGUGGCUGCGGCGGUGGAGUGAGACAGCUGCCAACCGCUGGCGCAGCUGCAGCGCUGCGCACAGGGACUGGCGAGCACGCAACCCAGGUACUGCCCCUCGCUGGUGACGUCUCUGCAGCUGGUUAUAAAGCCUUGUGCACAGCCUGCCGAGGUGCUGCUGCUAACUCCCGGCACUGAGCAGGACCCAAUUCAAAAAGCUGCAGGAGGUGGUGGCGGCGGCGGCUUCGGAGAAAGCGAAGGAAAAUUCUCCAGCUGGACACGGUGCCGUAGAAUCCCAGCCAUAGGCUCAGAACUUUUACAGGACGUGCUGCAACGGGCUUCCUUCGCCAACCAACUCCUCAGACAGCCCAAGGCUUUGCCUUUUCCCGCCCAUAGAAGGCGAAACAAGAGUUGCAAGCAGCAGCAGGUGCAGAAAUCCCGGGUUAUUUGGCUUCCUAGAACUGUAACCCGUGGAAUUUCUUUCCUUCUCCCAGUAUAAUGCGGGGGAGAUGCUGUCUCCAGAUUUUUUAACUGAAAUGCUUCCCGAAGCUUGAAAGUGGAGGAAUUCAGAGCCACGAGGGGCAGGUGGACAGCGCAUCCGGAAGCAUAAAUUUUCUGAGCGCCAACUCUCCUGCUUGCAAGGAGAGACUUAUGCAUAGACGGAACCUUCCUCCUUUUGGUCUGUCCUACGCACGAUCCUGAGCCCCGGGCACCUGCCUAGGACCCUGGUGAGAAGGGGCCGGGGGGACUCUGUGCAGAAGAGAGGGCUUUACCUCCGUGCUGCGUGGGAAAUGGAUAACGUCCUCCCAGUGGACUCAGACCUCUUCCCAAACAUCUCCACUAACACCUCUGAGCCCAACCAAUUUGUGCAGCCGGCUUGGCAAAUUGUCCUCUGGGCGGCUGCCUACACGGUCAUCGUGGUGACCUCCGUGGUGGGCAAUGUGGUGGUGAUGUGGAUCAUUUUGGCCCACAAGAGAAUGAGGACAGUGACCAACUACUUCCUUGUGAACCUGGCCUUCGCAGAGGCGUCCAUGGCUGCCUUCAAUACAGUCGUGAACUUCACCUAUGCUGUCCACAACGAGUGGUACUAUGGCCUGUUCUACUGCAAGUUCCACAACUUCUUCCCCAUCGCUGCAGUCUUUGCCAGUAUCUACUCCAUGACGGCCGUGGCCUUUGAUAGGUACAUGGCCAUCAUCCAUCCCCUGCAGCCCCGGCUGUCGGCCACAGCCACCAAAGUGGUCAUCUGUGUCAUCUGGGUCCUGGCCCUCCUGCUGGCCUUCCCCCAGGGCUACUACUCCACCACGGAGACCAUGCCCAGCAGAGUCGUGUGCAUGAUUGAGUGGCCGGAGCACCCCGACAAGAUUUACGAGAAAGUGUACCACAUCUGUGUGACUGUGCUCAUCUACUUCCUCCCCCUCCUGGUGAUUGGCUACGCAUACACCGUAGUGGGCAUCACACUGUGGGCCAGUGAGAUCCCUGGGGACUCCUCUGACCGUUACCACGAGCAAGUCUCUGCCAAGCGCAAGGUGGUCAAAAUGAUGAUUGUCGUGGUGUGCACCUUUGCCAUCUGCUGGCUGCCCUUCCAUAUCUUCUUCCUCCUGCCCUAUAUCAACCCAGAUCUCUACCUGAAGAAGUUUAUCCAGCAGGUCUACCUGGCCAUCAUGUGGCUGGCCAUGAGCUCCACCAUGUACAACCCCAUCAUCUACUGCUGCCUCAAUGACAGGUUCCGUCUGGGCUUCAAGCAUGCCUUCCGAUGCUGCCCCUUCAUCAGUGCCGGAGACUAUGAGGGUCUCGAAAUGAAGUCCACCCGAUACCUCCAGACCCAGGGCAGUGUGUAUAAAGUCAGUCGCCUGGAGACCACUAUCUCCACAGUGGUAGGGGCCCAUGAGGAAGAGGCAGAGGAAGGCCCCAAGGCCAAUCCCUCGUCCCUUGACCUGACCUCCAAUGGCUCCUCUCGCAGCAACUCCAAGACUAUGACAGAGAGCUUCAGCUUCUACUCCAACAUGCUGUCCUAGACCACAGGGCCUUCAGCAGGUGCAGCCACCACCAUCUUCAUCCUGCUUCAUUCAUUCCUGCAUGGAUACUUUUCUGAUCCGGAGAUGUUCAGAAACACCCUAACGUUGGAACUUGUGGAAAGGGUUCUAAUGGUAUAGGGAAAACAUUCCAUCUUCAAGUCAAUCUGGAUCCUUCCCUGUCUUUGCCAACCCCCUCCUUGCAUAAACUGUGUGACCAAGGCAAAUCCAUGAACAUCCCUAAGCCUGUAAGAUGAAAAUGCUGGACUAGCUUUUCCCUGCAGUCCAUUCCAUGAUUCCAGAACUGACUUCAGCUGCAUGUAGGUGCUUAUUUAAGGAUGAAUUCUAAAGGACAGCAACAGCUCCUACUGACCCAUGCAGCAGUCACUCUCCAUUGUGCUCAGAUUCGCCUCCUUCAGCCGCCGGCUCUUGUAACACCAGCCUUCACUUGGCAGAGUGGACAAAAGAAAAAGGAAACACACCAAAUCUGAAUGAAAGCUUUCAUCUUGUCUCCUCAGCAUCUGUGAAAAGAGGCAUGUCCAUAUGUCAGGUCAUGUAACCUGGAACUGAGAGCCCUGGGCCCUGCACUGCAUGCCCUGGGACCACCCUUACAACAGAUGCAGGCAGAAUAAGUCUACUGGUUAAAAUCCAGGAGACCUGAGCCAGGCCUGAACUUUCUAAGCUUCUUUCCUUGUGUGGAAAAUACUGAGGUUAACCUAGAGAAUCUAUAUCUCGCUGUUCCGUGUUUCAAUGAUCAAGUGAGCUUUUGCUUGCUUCAUCAAAAAAUAGCAGUCUCAGAACAAAGAGGAGCAGUGAUAUCCGGUUCCUGCAGAUGAGGCAACUGCUAAGACUGAGGUGUUAAUAUCCAGCUCAGACAUUCUCCAGUUUGCGGUAAAGCCCUGAGGAUAGUUCCAGCCUUUUACAAAACAAAGGACGUCUGCAUCUCUCCACCAGGCUCUCACAGGCUGAGCUGCACAGCUGGAGAACACCAGAAGGCAGGACAAGUGUAUGGCCAUCCUGCUCUGGCCUUCUGGAUAUCCUACAGCAGGUGAACGAACCCAGAUUCUUAACAUGAUAUUAGCAUAAGGCCUGUGUUCAGAUCCUGUUGUAUACACAGACUACACCCCACAGCUGUACUUGUGAGAAGAGGAGAGUGUUCUGCCUCUUCCCUUCAGACUCUCAAACUCCUCUUUCUGCCUCAUGGCUUUGCUGGCCUCCUGUCUACAGAGGAUGAUCCAUCAGCCCUAGGACAGCCAGUCUGCUGGGACGGGGUUUCCAGCAGUGGGCAUGCAGCUUCUUUCUGUCUCCCUGAUCUGUGCUUUGUUCAGAUGUGGUUGGAUGUAGAACCAUGAAUAUCCUCCUUGUAGUUUGAAUACAUGGAUACCUGUGUGCCGCAUCCAUCACGAGAAGGACACAACAGUGCUACCCACAGGGUGCUACUAGCCCUGCUGGCUCUAACACUCCCAGGGUAUCAGCAAGUAUAGUGGAAGCUGUCUAGCAACAGCAUAAGCAAAACAAAGAAUCCUGAGAACCAUAUUCUACAAAGCAGCACACAAAGUGUUAAACUGAGCUGACUUAAGGUAGAUAUAUGAAUGGAAAGAAAAACUUUGGGCAACAAAAGUCAGUGCCCAAAGCAUUAAUCAGAUAGCUCUGGAUAGAGAAUCACGCCAUGUCUGAUUUACUUAUAUCAGAAGGAUAUAAAGAAUAGACAUGAUUAAGACAAGCACCUAGGAAGAAAGUGUCAAGGACUUGAAACAUCAUAUUUACAGAAGAGAAGGCUAUUGAGUACUUGCUCUGAACUUCACCCUGAGCUGGGGACAGAGCUCCUUCAGCUCUUGAGCCACCUACUGUACUCGCCAUUGCUAACUCUCCAAUUCCAGUGGGUCCAGCAUGCAGCCGGAGGCGUGGUGGUAUCUAAAAAGCAGAUUUCUUUCAGAAGUCUAAGAACCCACACUCACCACAGAUAAUGGGACAAAGGCUGGGACCUUCAGAGAGUCUUGCCCUGACAGUUCAAAGACAGCCACCAGUCACUUUAGGAGACCCAAAGGGAUGUGGUUGAACAGCAUCAUGACUGUCUAAGAAGAGCUCGAGUGUGGUGGUUGUGGGCAGUUUCAAACAUGGCAUCCCUUAGAGAGUGCCAGCCAAGCAUUCCUCUGGCCCACUGCCAACAUCCAUCUAACGUACAAAAAUGUUCUCAGCCCCCGCGUGCGAGGAGCACCAUGACUAGCCCUGUGCAUGGGUCUCAUUCUUAUUACAGAAAUGUGUUACCCUGUGUUUAUCUCUUCAGUAUGAUCCCUUGAUGUAUUGCCAAGUAACAAUAAAUACGAGACAACAUGGGGCCAUCUUUGUUACAUUACUUCCAAAAUGUGAAGCCCAGCCGCUGCUGACGUGCUACUUGUAUCGUGCCAGUCACUUUCUCUUCCUUGCUCCUUCUCAGAGAGGAGAUGUGAUGUAUAUCUUGGACUUACAGUAGGACCACAGUAACUGAGGGAUGGGGACAAGGAUUUAUGGGAGGAUUUAGAAGUCAAGAGUCCUUACCCUCCUCACUGCCCCCAUCACUGGAAUGCUAAGACUUAAGGAAAAGUGGACCCAAGAGUCAACUUCAUUGACUUGGUUUUAGGGGAGAAGAGUAUAAGUGAAAGGGGAGAUUGUUCUGAGGUUUCCAUGUUUUCCAGCCUGGGGUCCUGGAAAGAAUCUCUAUAAAGAAAUAAAGUAUGUGUUUAACAAUA